GUAGCAACUGGGGCCGGUCCGUUAACUGCAGCGGCCGUUGUGCUACCGGAGCUCAUCGAGGAGUUGAAGGGGAAUUGUCGUCGGUGACCGGAUACCACCUCUGUCUUGCGGGGCGUAGAGACACGGGGGCGGCGUAGUAUCGAGGCGGCGAGCCCGCAGUUGCGUGCGGAGAUGCUGAACAUGUGGAAAGUCAGAGAGCUGGUGGACAAAGCCACCAAUGUGGUGAUGAACUACUCCGAAAUCGAGUCCAAAGUGAGAGAGGCUACCAAUGAUGACCCCUGGGGACCCUCCGGACAACUGAUGGGGGAAAUAGCCAAAUCUACCUUUAUGUAUGAGCAGUUCCCAGAGGUGAUGAACAUGCUGUGGACCAGGAUGCUGAAAGACAACAAGAAGAACUGGAGACGAGUCUACAAGGCUUUACUACUGCUGGCCUAUCUGAUCAGAAAUGGGUCUGAAAGAGUCGUCACCAGUGCCAGAGAACACAUCUACGACCUGCGAUCUCUAGAAAACUACCACUUCAUUGAUGAGAAUGGAAAGGAUCAGGGCAUCAAUGUGCGUCAGAAGGUGAAGGAGAUGGUGGAGUUCGUCCAGGACGAUGACAGACUGAGAGAGGAGAGGAAGAAAGCCAAGAAGAACAAAGAUAAAUACAUUGGAGUUUCUUCUGACAGUAUGGGAGGUGGAGGAGGAGGAGGAAGCAUUAAGAACACUAAUGAGCUGGAUCGGAAUAAGUGGGAUGAGGACUGGGAUAAGAGCAAAGGAGCUUUCCCCUUUAGUGAGAAGCUCGGAGAGAUCAGCGACAAGAUAGGCAGCACCAUCGACGACACAAUCAACAAGUUCAGAAAGAAGGAACCAGACGACUCACCCGACAGACUCAGUGACAACGAGGAGGACAGAGCAUCGAGAAACGGAAGGCAGGAAACCCUUGAGUUCAAAGAUGAGGAAGAAACUGUCACGACGAAGAGCAUCCAGAUCACACAAGCAACAGAAACCACAACCACCACCACACGGAAACGCAGUGGAGCAACAACCAGCAAGACUCUGGACCUGGGUGCUGCAGCCCACUACACUGGAGACAACAGCCCAGAGGAGAAGUCGUCAGUCAGGCAGACUUCCAGUAGCAGUCUAGCUGACCUGCUAGUUAUUGACCCUUCAUCCAAUCAGAGUACAGGUGGCAGUUCAGACCUCAUCAGUGGCUUUGCUGAUUUCUCCUCUCCUGCGGCCUCUGCCAGCCUCCCAGCCUCCACUGGGCACAGUGAAGGAGUGAGGCAGUUCCUGUCAAACUCCAAGAUGAAUGUUACAAUCACAACUGAACAAAUCACUACUCUCUCGUGGCCAGCUGCUGCAUCAUCCAAUGGAAAUGGAGAAUUUGGAGACUGGAAUGCCUUCCCAGCCAAUCCACCUGCUUCGUCUAGCUCUGCUCCCUCCCAGCCCAUCACUGACCUGUUUGGCAGUGUCCACUCACCAACAGCGCCACCCUCUAAUCCCACCCCCAUCCCACCGUCUGCCGAGCUCUUUGACCUGAUGGGUGGAGUUAACCAUCAGCUAACCAAUCCACAUACAACACUGAGCGCCUCACAGAGCAUGACUUUCUCUCUGGGAGGGGCAACGCCAGGAGCAUCGGUUACAAUGCCCACCAUGCCCGUUUCUCGCUCUCAACAGAGCUUGGGAGGCAUGACAUCUCAGCAGCCUAUAGGUCAACAGCAGAAGGUUGGCGUUGGAGGUCAAGGAUCAUUAGGGUCGACCUGGUCUGACCCCUCCGUUAACAUCAGUCUGGACUUCCUGUCAGCGGGCCUCAACCCCACUAAGACACCGCCCACACUCAACAAUAUCAUCCAGCAAACAGGCGUGCCUCCCGUCAACUUGUUGGCCCAGAACUUUGGAGGAAUGAACCUCAGCUCCCCACCCCACGUGACACCUAUUAGACCACCAGCCAUUCCCAUGAUGGCAGGCAAUGCCAUGGCGAUGGGUAUGCCCCCUUCAAUGACCACGGGUACCAUGGGGAUGGGGGGGAUUCCAGUAAACCAAGGCAUGAUGGGAAUGAACAUGAGCAUGAAUAUGGGCAUGGCCGCUCCGGUGAUGAUGAGUGGAAUGGCUGGCAUGGGAGUGCCAGGAGUAGGGAUGGGCCUUGCACACUCCAUCACCCCGGCCGUGGUUCCACCCAAACAAGAUGCCUUCGCUAACUUUGGCAGUUUUGGGAAAUGAAGGAGUGCAAAUGUGUGUGUGCGUGUGUAGGUGCGAGUGUGAGUGUGCAUGUCUGACAUUAUGGGAGAGAACUACAGAAGGACUGCUGUACUUGAAGACUUCCUUGCAUGUUUGUGUUUGUUUUCUUUGGUGAGCUGGCACCAGUGAUCGUUCGCCACAAUCUUGGAGGUCCGAGAGAGUGCCCGCCAGCGGCCUAUUGGUAAUCUGAUGUGUGAAAUUACGUCACAGAGGACACCUGAAGAGCAGGGAAGGUGUAAACCCACAGCCUGUAGUCGUUCCUCUCCUGUGGGGGAAGGAACCUGUUUUCUAUAUGAACUACAGUAUCGCCCCCUCAAUUGUAAAGAAAAAUCACUGCAAACAGUUUUUCUCUGUGACUGCACAAAGAAUUCAAUCAGUAGGGUUGACACAAAUGAAAAUGGCAUUGCUGUCUCAAUUCUGCAUUGUAGCCUGAGAUAUCAUGUUUUAUAUCAUUUCAACCAUCAGUCAUAAAAUUUAAGCCAAUACAUUAUUGCCAGAGGCUGACUCUGUUACUUUCUCUCACUGCUUGUGCAAAUAAUAUAGAAUAACAGUCACAGUAUCUGGAAUAUGCUGAGUCCAUCCCCUCCUCCUCCAGCAGAGGGCAGGGUGGGUGUAUGUGUUGAGAUAACGGUGUACUUAACUCUUGAGCCAUAUUAGGGUGGAUGAAUUGCAUAUUACAUCCUCUUUGUCUCCCAUCUCCUCCUUUUAUUAGGGCGGUACCAGUUCACAGUAACUCAUUCAGUCAGUAUUUCAUUCACUGAUAUUUAUCUUAGACAUGCUUUUGUAGGACACUUGACUUCAUAUAAGCAUUGCUUUCUGACCCAAAUAGAUCUGUUAUGUUCUGGACAGAGGUAAAGACUAUUGUGUUUUAUAGUAUUAUAUAUAGUAUUUUCCUACUGGCUUUGGGAGAAGAGGGUAAAUGAUGGUCACCAUCUACAAGAACACCAUCCUCUAAAUUUCUGUCAUGUUCAAAGCAGUUUUGUGGGACAACCCAGCAAUGUACCUUUAAUUCCAAGUAUUUUUGCCAGCAAACAUUUUUCACCCUGCGGCUCACUUUGUCUCUUGGUGCAAGGGUCUCAUCUGUGCAUCUCUCAAACCUUGUAUUAAUAACCACUUCUUACAUUUGACAUGGAUUAGAUAAAUUGGAGGAAUGUUUUCAUUAGCUGAGUUUCAAUACAUUAUUUCUAUGGCUAGAUGAGACAAAUCUAAAGGGUUUUCGGGGUCUCGAAGAGUGUGUGUGUGUGUGUGUAGUUUUCUGUUUGAUGUGCAAACACAGCUAAGCAGAGCCUCUUCUCAUUUUUUGAGACACUGCACUCCAAAUGACCAAAUCUUUAUUUUGUUACUCUCAGAAGGAUUAUUUCAUAGCUAUUAGUUUAAUAUUUUAUUUUAAUUAGUUGUAAGCUUGUGUUCAUAUGGGUGAGCUACUAAUACCAUAAUUUAGUUGACACAAAUCAUGUUUUUGUUUCUUUAUUUCAGUACAGCUUGUUUCAUUUGGUUGUACUUUUUCUGUACUUCAUUCGACAUUAAAUUAAAUUAUAACAUUAAA